AUGUAUGACCAGGGGACAUGUAUGGCCUGGGUCGUGCACAGCCAGACGACACAGUCCCCUGGGGACAUGUAUGACCAGGGGACAUGUAUGGCCAGGGUCGUGCACAGCCAGAUGACACAGCCCGCUGGGGACAUGUAUGACCAAAGGACCUGUAUGGCCAGGGUCGUGCACCGCCAGACGACACAACCCCCUGGGGACAUGUAUGACCAGAGGACCUGUAUGGCCAGGGUCAUGCACAGCCAGACGACACAGUCCCCUGGGGACAUGUAUGACCAGGGGACAUAUAUGACCAGGGUCAUGCACAGCCAGAUGACACAACCCCCUGGGGACAUGUAUGACCAGGGGACAUGUAAGACCAGGGUCAUGCACAGCCAGAUGACACAGCCCGCUGGAGACAUGUAUGACCAGAGGACAUAUAUGACCAGGGUCGUGCACAGCCAGACGACACAGCCUGCUGGGGACAUGUAUGACCUGGGGACCUUCCCGGCGGCCCCGGCUCCUGGGCAGCGGCGUUGCCGCGCUCCCCGCCCGCAGGAGCAGCUCCGCGCUCGGCCGCAUCCUGGGCAUCUCCGCGGAGAAGCCGGCUGCUGCCCUGGGCCACACCCGCCGCCCGUGGCUACCAGCAAAGAGGAGCAAGACCGCCUGUUACAACACCAACCUGACCAGCCCAAGAACCCCAAGGUUUUAAGAGUUGCCAUCAUUGGAGCACCGAAUGCUGGGAAGUCCACACUCUCUAAUCAGCUCUUGGGCAGAAAGGUUUUCCCAGUCUCUAAGAAAGUGCACACAACCCGAUGCAAAGCCCGGGGUGUCGUCACGUAUGAAGACACGCAGCUGAUCAUUCUGGACACUCCUGGCCUCACUAGUCCCUUGAAAGCCAAAAGACAUAAGCUAAAUGAAUCCAUGCUGAAAGACCCAUGGGACAGCAUGAAACAUGCAGAUAUAGUUCUGGUUUUGGUGGACGUGUCAGAUCACUGGACACGAAACUGUCUGAGCCAAGAGGUGCUGAAGUGUCUUUCUGAGUUUCCCCAGAUUCCCAGUGUCCUGGUUCUGAACAAGGUGGAUCUGGUAAAGAAGAAGUUCAUCCUGCUGGAGCUGAUAACUGAUUUAACAGAGGGAAUUGUAAAUGGAAAGAAACUGAGAGUGGGAUCUGAUUUUAAACCUAAUUCCCGUUCUUCAGCAAAAACUCUUCAAAUUGCUCAAGCUUCUCCACCAGAGAAUAGGGCCCAUGAAUCUCACCGUUUGCAGGAAACGGAUAAAGUCCGAGAAGGCUGUAGCUUGGAUAGCAGCAGCGAUAUGGAGUCCAGUCUUGUCACAGAGGAAGUGCAAGGGCUCAAGCCCGGUGGAUACAGAGAUCUAAAAAAUAUGAAAGGCUGGCCCUGCUUCCGGGAGAUCUUCAUGCUGGCAGCUCUCAGUGGAGAGGAAGUGGAUACACUAAAGCGGUACCUCCUGAUGCAAGCCAAGCCAGGCCCUUGGGAGUUUCACAGUGGGGUCUUGACCAGCCAGUCACCUCAAGAGAUCUGUGACAACAUCAUUAGGGAGAAGAUACUGGAGUACCUGCCCCUGGAAGUGCCCUAUAGCGUGCAUCAGGUGACAGAAGUGUGGGAGGAAGGACCAAGCGGCGAGCUCCUCAUUAUGCAGAGCCUUGUCGUCCCAAGAAAGUCUCAUAUGAUAAUGUUGAUUGGAAGAAGAGGUACGGUUAUCAGCAGGAUUGCUCAGGAGGCUGGCCAGGACCUGAUGAACACUUUCCUGUGUGAUAUCCGCUUGAAGCUCAGGGUGAAGGUGAAGAGUUGAGCUCUUUGCAUAGGUUUCGACAGCCCUUGAGCUCUCUGGUCAUGUGGAGAAACUGGUGCUGUUUUGGGUAUUUUAGCAUCUUUGUUCAGUCCAAAAACAGAGGAUGAUGGAAUCGACGUAAUGGACUGAGGCAGAAUAUGUUGCUCUUUUGAGAGAAUGGCACAAGCUGAAAUAAAAUGUUCAGACCUUCUACAGCACAUUAUCUUAUGGAAGCUGGGGACAGACAUCAGAGACCCAGCUUUAAAUGCAGUUCUAGAGCUGCUUUCAUAGAGCUGUCAUCCACUUCUUUUGGGCUAUAUCCCACAUCCUUAAUGUCAAACAUUUGUGGCUGGAUGCUCAGAAGGGCCUGACCAACUGUGGAAUGAAGAUAGGAGGGAGGCAAGAGCGGGGGAAUCCUGACUAAGGCCUUGGUCUCCUCCAGGAGUCCAGACUUGGCGAUACCUCGGCGCUGUUGAGAUGUGCGGUUCUGUGCCCCCAUGCAUCAUAGGCCACUGCCUAAUGUUUCCAGUGCUAUUAAUGUCUGUUAAGGAGUUGCAGCUGUGUGUUGUCUUUUAGGCAAGAGCUUUAAAUGCUACUGUUAGGGAGAAGGUCAGAGUCUCAGGUCUGAGCAGACAGAGUAGUCACUGUGCAAUAAACACUGUGCAGUGCUUUGAAGUCCUCUGGCCCAAAAGGGGAUGGGUGAAUAUUAUGGGUGUGUUUUUUUUUUUUUUCAACUGGGGGGAAGGGAGAGAGGAGAGGUGGGCAUCUCCUGUCUUCAGCGAUCAAAGGGUUACAGUGAGGGCGUAUUUAUUAUCUCCUCUGAAGGCUGAGGAACUCCACCAGUGAGAAUGGAGACAGAAGAGACUCCCCCGGCCCAUAUGAUGUCUCUUUUCUGCUUUGCUCUCUGCCCUGCAGUCUGAGUUCAUGGGUGUGAGUGAGAGUAUGACAAUGCAAGGAGUCGGUAUUGCCCUGAGAGCUUGAGUGGAGGAGUUUACUGGCCUGCAGAAACACUCUGUAAUAACUGGGUGUGACAGAGGGAGCUCUUAAACUCUCAGUAUGUGAUGCUAAGCCAGUGGUUUCCAGUUCUUGUGUUGGAGUCCUUCCCACAGGUAUGCACGUACCAUCCUCUUAAAUGACUGCCAGCAACUUCUUUCAUUUUGACCUCUUCUGUGUUGUAGUCUGUAAGAAUUUUUGUUCCUUUUUCCUUGUCAUCCUUUCCUCCGAUUUCCCAAGCAGCUCACAGCUGCUGGCAUGUGGCGCCCACCCCAGAGGAAUGGGUUUGGUGAGGUACUCUUUUGACUGAAUGGAGCAUUGGAGAAGCAGAGAAAUGGAGCUUGGAACCAUGGUCUGUUCUUGGUGUGUAUAUGAACUGCUUCCCUGGCCACCUGUGAGAGCAGCCAAGAGGUCAGAGAAUGGCUCACUGGACUUGCAAGCAUUGACUGGAGUAUAUUUAUCAGAAAGAGAACUGGAGCAGGGACUAAGUGUCUCUUUGCCCCCCCACACCUUGUUUUCAGUGCCCACUGGGGGCCCUGCCUAUACACAAAUCUGGAUGUUUGGCUACUGAAUGGAUAUUCAGGGUUUGGUCUGAAGAUGCGAAUUUCAGCGUCUCACAGAUGCUCACUUCUUCAGGAUGGCUUGUUGGUCAUCAAAAAUAGACUGGAACCUUUUCUCAGCGACAGUCUUGCACUUGAAUAGUUUACUGCACCACUGUCACUACAAAGCCGUUGCUAUUUGUACCAGGUUGCAGAUACACAUGCAGAUGCUGUCACACCUAAAGAGCCCAAAGUUGGAAUAGCAGUGGCUACUGCAGCUUGAGGUUAGUAAGUGUUGGGGACGGAUAGGCGUGGCACGGGUCAGGGCUUGAACAAGGCCCGGAGGCUGAAAAGGCCGGGCUGUAAGGACAUCUGUGGCUCUGCGUGCUGUGACGGAGGAGCUGUUGGCAUGGGGUGCUGUGGUGCUGAGCGAUGGACUUACUGUGCCCUGCCCCUCUGUGCCUGUCUGUACGUGGACCUGGUGUUCGGGGGCUUGAGCUCCACGUCCACGUGCAGAUGCUGCUCGGGCUCAGCUGUGCGUUCGGAGUGCUGUAUAGCUUCCUGCCAGAAGUUCAGGUAAAUCCCCGCGUGCUGUUAUAAAUAAACAUCCCUGAGUGAGGAGGCCUUGGGCUGCUGCCCAGACAGUUAAAUAAAGAGAUCUGGUAGGGUCUUCUGGGAACUCUUUGCUCCUGCCUGGAACCCAAACCUUUUUAGGAAAUACUGUGCCCCUACUGUGCCUCUCCAGUGCGAAGACAAGGAGAUGUUUUACCAGCACUGGCAAAAGCCUGCUUUGAGCCAUUAAAAGAUACUACCACCAAGAAUAUAAGAUCAUCUGAAAGCUACGCUAAGAAGCCUUCAGAGAGGUACAUGGUAGCCUGGCCUGUUUUCUCCAAGCAGGAGACAACGUGGUUCCUUGAAUGCUUCUAUCUUACUUUUGUAUUUUGCUUGCAAUAAAAUGAGGUCCCAGCA